AUGAGCACAGGCUUACUCAAAACUGAGGCUUUAUCCUGGAUGUCGGAUGUGGACAACGUGACUGGGGGCCAGUCCCGGGACUUGGUCCUGCAGCCUGCCUGGGACUACCUCCACCAGAACCACCACGACCUCCUGAGGAGCCCUCUCUUCCCUGUUGUGCUCUCCGUCUCCACCUACUUCUUCCUGGUUGGUCUUUACACCGUGCUGGACCUGCUGGCCCCCGCCUGGCCCUGCAUCAACCGCUACAGGCUCCAUCCUGACAGACCGGUCACCUGGCCUAACAUCUGGACCACGCUGGGCGUCACCAUCUACAACCACCUGCUUUAUAUCUUCCCCGCUGCGGUCGCCCAGUGGCUGUGGAGGCCGCCCACCCCGCUGCCUCGUGAAGCGCCCACUCUUUGGAGCUUCUUCCUGGGCAUCCUGGGCUGCAUGGUGGUCUUUGACUUCCAGUAUUACCUGUGGCACCUGCUGCACCACCGGGUCCCCUGGUUGUACCGCACCUUCCACGCCAUGCACCACCAGUACAACCAGCCCUUCAGCCUGGUCACCCAGUACCUAUCUGGCUGGGAGCUGUUCAGCGUGGGAUUCUGGGCCACAAUAGACCCCAUCCUGCUCCAGUGCCACUGCCUCACAACGUGGGGCUUCAUGGUCUUCAACGUCUACGUCUCCACCGAGGACCACUGCGGCUACGACUUCCCGUGGGCCAUGCAUAACCUGGUGCCCUUUGGCCUCUGGGGCGGCACGCCCAAGCAUGACGCGCACCACCAGCGGCCCGGCACUAACUUUGCCCCAUUCUUCUCUCACUGGGACUGGCUGGGGGGCACCCACACUGUGCCAACCCCCUCCAGCCACACUGCCACGGGAGAGCCAGACGAGAUGAAAGGGAGAAAAGACUAAAGAGCUUGAAUUAAUCUCCCAUUGACUCUGUCUCUCUUGUACUCAGUCUGCC